AUGGUAGAGGUGCAAUCCAACAAUCCCUACAGACGCAGCAUGUCCCCGCAGCUCCCCCCUCCCGCAGCUGGCCAGCAGCAGCAGCAGCAGCACCACCACCAACAAUACCAGCUCUCCUCCUACAGCUCCACCGACAGCGGUAGCAGCUCACCAUCGCCUCCUCCGCACUCACACUCACACUCGCCCUCGCCGCCCCCGCUCGUCAAGUUCCCCUCGUCGACCACGACCAUCGCCGAGGAGCCCGAGAACGAGCUCGACGCCCAGAGCCAUGUGCGCUCGCCCACGCCAACCAUUGUGGUCAAGGCCUGCGAGGACAAGGAGCGGGACGGGGCGGACAAGGUCUUCAUCACGAUCCACCCAACGGGCUCGACGAAUAGCGUGCCGCAGCAUAAGGAGUAUCCGAUGCCGGUAAGGACAAACACGCACCCGCAUCCACGGCAGUCGAUGAAUGAGGCGUGCUCGGUGUGGCCCGCGAGGAGGUUUAUGCAGAAGCAGGUGAUGCAGAAGAAGACGAAGUGGAUCAUCAUCAAGGUGCUUUGCGCGCUCAUUUUUGUGGUGGGCGCCGUGGCGAUUGGGUUUGGCAUCUCGAAGGCCGCGGGGAGCAAGUAA